UGUCAUGGCUUGCGUUUGAAGACUUUGAAGUUUGUUAAAUAUUUUCACAAAAGCUUUGCAUAUCUUAUUAUUUAGGCAGUUAAAUCAAAAUAUUAAACACUCCAUUCAGUAAAGUUUAUGUGAGAACAACAAAUUGUGAAAUCCAAAUGUGAUCUCGUGUAGUUUAUUUGAAGUGGUGUAGACGGUUAAGAAGCGUUCGUUGUGAUGCAAACUGGAAGCUGUUAACUUUGGUUCUGUGUUAGCACGGAAUUACAUAAAGUUUAUCAAAAUGGAUUUCCAUUCGAAUUUCAUGGAGCCCGCAACACCAGCAAUAACAUAUGACAUUAACAGAUUUUCGAAGAAUGAAGAUAGCGGCUAUCAUACAUCUUACACUCCAGGUUCAUUCCAAUAUUCAGAAAUAUCAAACGACAGCUUAAAUUCUGUCGUACAGAGGCAAUACUGCCAAAUUCAAGUGGAGUGUUACAAUCUUACUCCAGAUGUGAAGGUUCGGUUAGGUCAGAGGUACAAGUGUUCGAGUUCUAUUAGUUUUGAAAACACUAGAGAUUCUCCUGCAAGUCGACGUGGAGUAAAGCGGCCUUUUCAAGAGGAAAUAGAAAAUGUUGAAGAAGCCUCUUCAAUUCCGACCCCCACUACUCUUAUAGCUGGAUGUUUACGUAAACUUAAAUUUAGUGAUGGGAGUAAAAUAAAAAGUAAAUGCGCCACUAGAUGUCCAAACACGAUUUUGCAGGAGUUUAAUUAUCAACAUGAAUGUGGAGCUAGUGAAAUAACAUAUCCAACAACACCUGUUAAGAAAAUUUGUAGAACUAGUUGUAAGUUAAAUAGCCCUUUGAGUCUGAGGAGACCAGUGAAAAAAUUAAUUACCCAUUCGCUUUCUUGUGACAUUGAACUGUUAGAACCAGUGAAACAACCAUCUGCUGUAAAAGUUAAAUCAUACCACAUUAAACCUAACAAAAAAAUUGAUAUCAUCAAAAUGUUAUAUGAGCAUGCAGCUAUGCCUCCAAUUAUGGAAAUAUUCAAAUACUUAUCCAAUGAAGAUAUUUACAACUUUAGUUUAGUUAGUGAUACAUGGUUGAAAGUUUGGGAUGAAGUUAGUAAGAAGUUAACAGUGAAGCAAAAGUUUGUCCAGUUUAUGCAAAGUGAAAAGGAAAACCAAGAGAACAAAGGAACAACACCAAAGGAUAUGUGCCACAGGGUUGUUCGAAUACCAAUGGGGGUCCACAAUGUAGCCCACAUUCACUCUACAAAGAGCUCAGUAACAAGCCCCCCGGGCACACCGAGAACUAAUAAGUUUAAAAAGUUUACUAAGGCUGCAUCUUUAGAUUCAAGAGUACAAGUUGUGUGUUCAAGAUGUGACCAACCAGCUAAAGUAAACCAAGAGGAUUCGGAUGAGGAAUGGGUGGAAUGCACCAAUGAUACUUGUGCUUACCAGUUUUGUAGAUUUUGUCGAUGUGACAGACACCCAGGCAGAAAGUGUCGCCAGUAUGACUUAGAAGGUCCUAGUCCCACAAAAAGGAAGAAAGCUUCAUUUGCAAUAUGCACCAAGAAGAGUAAGAGAAUUUUACGUAGACUCUUGUGACUUUUAAUUAUAAAUGCAAAGCAUUCCCCAGUGAGCUUUUGUAAAAUUAAUGCUGUUACAUUCCAUAUCCAAAGAUAGUUUUAAUGAUUUUUAAAAUCAUUGUAUAAAAGACAGACAGAAUGAAUGUUGUUUGAGAUUAAUAAUUGGAUAUACCCAAGGUCUGAUGCAGUGCCAUUUUUUAAUUAUUUUUUUGGUAAUUUUUAGUACAUAUUUUAAAGUUUUGUCUAUUACCUCAUUUCGGUUUAUGGAUACAUAGAAAUUAAGUAUUUUAGUACUUGGACAUGACAGUUGGUUUUGUUAAAAUUAAUUUAGAGAAAAUUAGUUUGGUUCUUUAGUAAUUUUCAGACCUCAUAGAUAAAAUAAUUUUAGUGCCUUGACUGAUACAAUAGACAAGACUAGAUUUUUUAUGGUUUUAACAUGUGAAUAUGGAUUUGUUAUGAUAAAUUUUCUCAAUUCAGGUAUUUUUAAACUUUGGCCAUAAAGGAUAAUAGUGUGUAUGGAGUAGGAUGUAAUAUAUUGUUCACUGUGAUAUUACAUUUGGUACAGUCAUAGUAACAGUAGAGUAAGUGUUUGGAUUCCUCUUUAUCCUCAUAACAUCUUCAAGACUGUAAAAUAUUUCUUGUAUUGUUUUAAAAUAUACUCAUUAGUUUUUCAUGUUUAGUUUUAACUCCUGAUGAUGUACAUCACAUUUCUUUUGCAUUUAAUAAUAAGUUUGAACUUUUUUGUGUAAUUUUAAUGUAAUUUUUCUUUUUUUUAUAGAUAUUAGUAUUUUACAUUUUAAAAUUCUUAAAUGUGCCUUACAAAUUAAAUAACAUGACGUUGAUAUAAAAGAUCAACCAUUAAUAUUUAAACAACUACAACUAGUCCUAAAAUUUUCUUUGAAUUCUUAUUAAUAACGACUGUAAAUGCAUUA